GUCAGGGAGAGCACACAAGGGAGUGGAGGUUACGUCUCCUGCUAGCACCGCCUACCUGUUGAGCAGCGUUACAGUUGCCGCCCCGCCCUCCAUAUACCCAGGGCGAGUCGGCAGGUAGAUACGCACUUCGAGGUAGAAGUCCCGCCGACCAAGAUGUCUCUAGCCCAGCAGUCUCAGACCUGGUUUCCCACUCACGUCCAGGUUACCGUGUUACAGGCUAAAGCGCUCAGGUCAAAGGGUAAGGCCAGCACCAACGAUGCCUACGCCAUCAUUCAGCUAGGCAAAGAAAAGUACUCCACCACGGUAGCCGAGAAGGCAGUUGCUCCUGUGUGGAAAGAGGAGGCCACCUUUGAAGUUCCACUACUUCACAAUGACAACCAAGAGCGGUGCACGGUUCGGGUCAUCGUCAUGCACAGGGCCCUGGUGGGGAUGGACAAGUUCCUGGGACAACUGGAGCUUAACCUGUGGGAGCUGCACCAGAACAAGAACAGGAGGAAGGUCCAGUGGUAUCCUCUGAAGUCAAAGCCUGGAAAAAAGGAGAAGGAACGUGGUCAGAUAGAAGUAGAAGUCCAGUUCAUGAGGAACAACAUGACUGCCAGCAUGUUUGACCUUUCCAUGAAGGAGAAAUCGCGCUCACCUUUUGGGAAGCUGAAGGACAAACUCAAAAACAAGCGUCGGGAUGGAUUCCCUGACACUGCCUCGGCUAUAGUUCCCAGCACAGGCCAGUACGGGGAUGACAGCGAUGAAGACAUGCCCGAAACCGAAAAGAAGAAGUCCAAACUGAAGACGCUGUUUAACAAACAACCAGGGCUGAAAAAGAAUUCGAUUUCCCAGUCCAUGUCUGUCCUGCCAACGUUCCAGCCUUCAUCUCAAAGGACAGUGCUCAAGCCUAGUGAUUUUUCUUCUGAUUUAAACCAAGCUUCAGGAUCUCCUGUAUCUGAAAGGAGGUUUCCUAAUCUUCCUGCAAUUAUGACCCACAAAAGAACCGCAAGUGCAGACACCAAGCAGCUGAAUCAAAUUGCUUCCGGAAACAAGAAAGAAGGGCUCUCCUUCUUCAGUGGCAUGAAGUCUAAGAACGAUCCCAUCACUCGAUCCAACUUGUGCAUCAAUGGAAAUCAUGUCUAUAUGGAAGAGGCUGAACCAAGAAGUGAAAGUCCCAAAGACAACUCUCUCACCAAUUCACCACUAACCAUCCGUAAAGCUCCCCUCUACGCAUCUGCUGAAAACCUGUCUUAUAAACCUCCCAAGGAGACUUCAAGCACUUCUAACAACAACCCAGAAAAAGAACUGUCCGCUUCUUCCUCUAACGAGUCCCUUAAGUCUUUAACACUGCCUUCCCACAACAACAAGGGAGAAAAGCCAAGAUCCGGAAGUCCUCCUUUGAUGUCAGGUGUGCCAAAAGAAUCAAAGGAGAACAAAAAGCAGGAGAACAAAAUGUCAUCCCUUCUGUCUUUGGUGACUGGAAGAAAAGAUUCUCCUAAAACUACUGAAGUUGAGAACUUGCCUGAAGUGCCCUUGAAGAACGACGGGCCGAAAGCUACUGAGGGUGCAUUAAAAUCUGAACGACCCUCGGAUAAUAAAAGCAAGAAGACUUCACAGAAUCCGUUUGAAGAUGGCCUGUGUGAUGAGAAGCCUCCCCAGCAGCCGCAGCCCCCAGAGAGAGGGUCCAAAACCUCAGCUGUUAAACCAAGACUGGACGUGUCUUCAGAGGCUGAAACCAAAGCCAAGCUUUCUUCUUCAUUUCUUUCUAACGCUACUUUUCUUGAAGCAUCUUUUUCUGGUGGUCAGAAUGCUCUAACUGCAUCUAAAUUGCAGCGGGAUACCCAAAAUAAAACUACUUUGAAUUAUUCUCCUUCAACACCUGAUCCCGUUUCUAAUCCUCUUCAUGAAAAACGCCCAAAUUCCCCUUCAGAAAGUUUAGAGUCAACAGAACCAUAUGAAAAACCAUCAAUGCCUUUGUUUUGGAGGUCAGGUCCUUCCUCAAGUGAACCAGCUGAACCAAAGGAGGUUCAAGUCGUUGCCCCGUUCAGUGAAAAAAGCAAAGUAAAAAAGACUUAUGUGAAGUCGCUUCUCGAUCAACUAAAGGGCAAAUCUACAAGCACAAGUCCAACUGAUGUAGUGGAUGUACAACUGGUGAAGGGGAUUCUUCCUGUACACUUGGGGCCUCCCGAGGAUUCUGAUUCAUUGUUAGACAACAAACCAGAGCCCGUGUUUGAAUCUAUUAAUAGAAAUAGCGAAGGUUUCACCUUGGGUACUGAUGAUGGAUAUGAAGCAAAGUCUGUUUUGUCUUCUGAAGCGUCUGAAAAAUACCAUGAUUCUGUGCCUCAGAAUGUCAAGGAACCUCCAAAGCCAGCUCCUCGAUCCCAGGUAGUUCUGCAAAAAGAAGAACAAGUAAGGGAAGUGAAACCAAUCCCACCAAAGCCAGCACCUAGAAGUGCUUCCAGAAUAAAUAAAGUAGAGGAACCUGUAUCCGAGAGUAUACUUGCUUCACAACCAUCCCAGCUUAUGGAUAAAUCAUCGGCUGAUGCAUCUCUUAAAACCAAGAGAGUAACAGAGCAGGCAUCUCGAGUUGGUGCCUCGCUUAGUGUCUCAGCUCAGUCAAUAACCAACAUAAAGAUGGCAAUGCCAGUAAUCGAUGACUUGGGUUACAGGCUGGAUGAGCUUCCAGUCAUUCCAGAGAAUCCAGAAGGGACCUCAGAUGAUGAGCAGCUUGAAAGUAAAAAUGAACCACUUAUUGUAGAGCGUAAGAGUGUUUCAGCUAGUAAAACAUCAUCCGUGGUGCCACAAAAUGAAAAGAACGAUCUUUAUUCCACAUUGCAAACAAACAGUGCUUUAAAACCUGAGAACAACCCAGCUGAUUUAACUAUGGAGAAGGACAAGAAGAAUACAACCAACGAAAGUGAGAGUACGCAAGAGGGCAAUAAGUCCUUCCGCGAUAUUCCAGGCAAUGUCAUUGAAGACAUUACGAGGGAUAUUCCAAAGAGUAAUGUGGACCAUGAAAGCAGGGAUUCCAACCACCCUUUCUCACCUGAAAAUUCUUCUCACACUAACUCUGUUUCUAGCUCUUUAUCACACUCUGUAACUCUUCCAUCUGAUAACACUAAUACCCCUAGAACAGAGUCCCCAACAAAUCCAACCAGUGAGGCUUCUGAAACCUCUGGCAAGAAGAAGCUGCUGCGGGCAUGGGUUUCACCCUCUGAGACACAUCCAAUCCCUACCGUGCAGAGCGGUGGAACAGUGUCUUCGAGGCAAAGAACUCAUCCAGUGAAGCCCAUGAACACAAACCAUGCCAAGCCUUCCAACGUCUCCCAGCCAAUCAAAGCCUAUGAGAACACUCUCAAUGCCAUAAACACCAAGAAAUAUGACUCCUCCGAUCCAGCUUACGCUUACGCCCAGCUUACACAUGACGAGCUGAUACAACUGGUCCUGAAGCAGAAAGAGACCAUUUCUAAAAAGGAAUCACAGGUACGGGAGCUGGAAGAUUACAUUGACAAUCUGCUGGUACGAGUCAUGGAGGAGACUCCCAACAUCCUGCGGAACUUCGCAAAUCAAAGCAAGAAGGCUGGCAGGGUGUAAUCCCAGGUGUUAUUUAGACUGAUGCAAUACUGCUCACUAUCCGUGUCUUAGACCAAAUCGGGGCACAAAGCAUAUGCCUAGGUUACUGAGCGGGACUAUGGUGAGAUGUACCCUAAAUCAGAUAAUAGAAAAAUCAAACAUCUUCCUUUAAGGCUAUAGUACGGUAGAUAAAUGUAUAUGGUAACUUAUCUAAGGAAAUAUUUAAUAUCCGUUACUGUAAAUCUAAAUCUCCUUUUGAUUUGAUACCCUGAAAGUAUCCAUUAAACUGAUGUCUUUUGCAUUUUUAUGGGUGAGCUCUGGGGAAAAAUGCAGAUAGUGCCUAAUCACAUAAACCUUCUAAAGAUGUCAGCACAGUCUUCCAUUUAUAUAUAU